AUGGUGUGGGGAAAUACGGAAUUAUCAAAAAUCUAUGGCUUUUCCAAGAAAUUGAAGCUGGAUUUUCAUGUCCAAGAAUUGGAAGAAGAAUUGAGAAAGAUCGAUGCUUUCAAACGUGAACUUCCUCUCUGCAUGAACCUGUUAAAAGAAGCAAUUAAGAGCUUGACUGAGGAAGGGUUGCAACGGAAUAAAGAAAAGGCGAGGCCAGUAAUGGAGGAAUUUAUACCAAUGAAGAGUGAUUCAGAAGAACAUGAAGGGGCAAAAAGGUCAAAUGAUUGGAAUGAAAAGAAGAAUUGGAUGAGUUCAUUUCAACUCUGGAGCACACCUCUUGAGUUGGAGAAUAAAUUUGAUACCACAAAUCAAGAAUCUGAUUUGAACCCAAAAUCAAGUUGCCAAGAAGAGGAUGGGAUUUUGUGUAAUCUGAAGAAACCAGUGAAGGAAGAGAAAGGAUUUAUCCCAGUUGAAGCCCUCUCACUGUCAAUUCCUGUGGCUAAAGUGGGAUCGUUUGAUUUGAGUUCGAAAGUGAAUUUUGGUCAUGCGAGGUCUCAACUGCAACAGAGGAAACAGAGACGCUGUUGGUCUCCAGACUUGCAUAAGAGUUUUGUCAAUGCUCUUCAUCAGCUUGGUGGAGCACAAGCAGCUACGCCAAAGCAGAUAAGAGAAUUUAUGAAAGUGGAUGGCCUUACCAACGAUGAAAUCAAAAGCCAUUUGCAGAAAUAUAGGGUUCAUAUCAGAAAGCUUAUAACUUCAUCAACCAGUCCAUCAGAUUGCUCGAAGAAAAGUACUGUGAAUUAUGGUUCCCCACAAUGCCCUUUGCACCUGGGAGGAUCUGCUAAGGGGGAAUCAGUCACUCGUGGUGACAGUGUGGAAGAAAAUGAGGAUGAAAAGUCGGAAUUCCAUAGUUGGAAGGUUCAGGUUCAAAGUACAGUUGAGGGACGUGUACAGGCAGCUACAUCCCGGAAUUGUCAAAUAUAA